CUCCUGGCGUGUGUGGUUGCGUCGUGUGCCAGAGCUGGUUUUUUGUUUUGUUUGCAUUCCAUGUGCCAAGUUUAUUACAAAUAUUAGUUUGAAACCUUUAUUAGAUACGAUCAGCGUGAUGAUCCUGGAGAGCUCUGCACCGUGGUCGUCGGAAAAGGAGAUGGUGUUUUCUAAGCAGUUUCCGUUACACCAUGCCUGUCGGGAUAGCAACACUGAAACUCUGAAGCGGUUGCUUAUACAGCUGCAGCAUAACAUAAGCAACUGCAAUUUAGUCCUGUCAGAAGAUUCGGAGUAUGGCUGGACUGCUGCUCAUUUUGCUGCAUAUUUCGGAAGUCUUGAAUGCCUGCGGCUGUUGAUGCAAGCGGGCACGAUGUUCAACAGCAGCAGAGAAUCAUCGGGUCUACCAUCCUUGUCUUGUCCGCUGCUCUCGGUCACGUCAAAGUGGAAGCAAACUUUACUGCACGUUGCGGCGUUCGCGGACCGUCCGCGUUGUGUGCAAUGGCUUAUUGCAAGAGGCUUGCCGGUCAAUGCUAAGGACUAUAACGGCGAGACUGCGCUACACAAGGCUUGCCGUACGGGAUCCUGGGAGUGCAUUCACCUGCUUGUGUCCUGCAACGCUGAUGCGAGUAUCCGCAACCACGCGGGGCUGAAUUCAGCAGACAUCGCGGCAUCGUGUGGACACCAGGACGUGUGUGAGAGGCUGCGCCAGCUCGUCGGGGAGUCGACCCCGGCUGCAACAAAUGGUCUCAAACAUCUUGUAUCCAGCAACGGUUACUACGGCUUCAGUGCCAACAACAACACCACGGCAGCUGGUGACGAUGAUGAAAUGGAGACGGAAAGCGACACAUCGUCGCCUUCAUCGUCUACCGUUCAACGUCCCGUUACUGACGUGCUGGUGAACGAUGCUGUGUCCCAGAACCUCGUCCCUGUUGCGGGACGCAAGCGGUCCCGAGAAGAGGACGAAAGUUCUCAAGCCAAGCGUGGCCGAUUUCAAGAUGAUGCAAGUUCGUCUCAUACCGGCACGAACCACCAAAUCUUGACCAGCCGUGAAGACAACGUUGCCAGCUCCCAGGACUCUAAGCCAUUAAAUUUUAUCCACGACGCGAACGCCGAACCUCGCGUGGUUGCCGAUAGGAUGGAUAAUCUGGGACCGAACUUCUUACAUUAUCAACGGCGGAAAGAUCGCUUCUCUAGUAACAGUACUGACUCCAUAGACUCGGGAUUUUCUGGGUCUAGCGGAGACCAAAAUAUUGGUUCACGGUGUCUAGAUUCCAUCGACGAGAAACCGUUACCUGUCGUAAAUGGACUCGCUCUCAACUGUGUAAAUGAAGGUACCUUCGGUAACGUCUCUAGCGGAAAUAUGUCUGUUGGAGUUGUCCGAUCUGCAAAUGGUGGCUCUUUUGAUCCUGGAGUGUCGACAUCUUCAAGAAAUUUCGACCUGCCAUCAAAUGCUAUGCGAGUAGAUUAUAAAAAUGAUCGUUUAUCCUGUACUAGCGGAUACCCGGGGUGUCCUAUACCUGCCCCUGCUGAUCUCUUGGCCCACGAUGCGGACGUAACCGCUGCUCCUUUUGUACUCAGCCGCAAGCUAUUCGGUGGACACAUGUUCUGAAUUAAAUUUUGUUAUGGUCAUUCAUGCAGUUAACUUGAACCAGAUGCAACAGUUAACUUGAACCAUAUGUUAUGUAGCAGUUAACUUGAACCAUAUCUUAUGUAGCAGUUAACUUGAACCAUAUGUUAUGUAGCAGUUAACUUGAACCAUAUGUUGUGUAGCAGUUAACUUGAACCAUAUGUAUCAGGGUGAAUGUUGUUUAUAGUUUGUGUCAUGGUCUGAAGGGCCGAAACAACAACCGAUAAAAUCUACCUCUUUUAAGUUCACCAGAACUUUCUGCUGGUUAUGGGGAGUGAAAUUUUCUUUGGUCAUGGAUUUAGAAUAAAUUCUUGAUGCACAUUUGAUUGGCAAUGAAUGUCAUUUUUUCAAUGUGCUAGUUAUUUUAAAGUAUCAAUCGAUUUUUUUCACGUUGCCUUUUGAUAUGAUUAAAUACUGACGAUAAAAAAAUUCUGUCCUACAAAAUAUGGUGGAUUUUCUUGAUAUUUCUUUUACGGUGUUUCGAUGUAUACUAUGAAAUGAACAUAUUACAUGGCGUGUAACUUUUCUA